CUUUGCAUUGUCUCUCUACUGAAAUGUGCUAUAUAAUUAAAUGUGCCUUUGCCUUCCUGUACACACAAUCUGAAAACCUUUUGGAGCUCCGGACCAUCAAGGCCAGAAGACACCGAGCCAGACAAGCAGUCUCUCCCUGAUGUUUAUUUCAUGUUCAGAUUUGUUUUAUCAUAUCUUUUUGUCUCUGUUCAGGCCAAACUGUCCCUCCGAGGUUCGCCUCAGCCUAACACUACAAGAAAACAUAAACUGAUUGUGCAACAGGUGACGUGCUUAAUGUAGCCGUUCGAUAUCUUGAAGCCCGUCAAACGUAUAUAAACCAUUUUCUCUCUUGCUGAAGGAACACGGCUUCCAGGGAGUCCCUCUGCUGCUGCUGCUUUGAUUCAUCAUUGCAACAAGAUGACAUCCGUCCUUCUUUUCUCUUUGCUCCUGUGUGGAUUUGGCCUUGAAGUAAACGCUCAAGAUCCUAUAAAUUCAGAUGUUUUCUGUGGCACCCGCCCCCCUGGGUUCACUUUGUACAAGGGCCGCUGUUACAGGAUUAUAAGGCAAGAAAGGGAUUGGGCUGAAGCUGAGAAAAUCUGUAAUCAAUUAAAUGGAAAUCUGGCCUCCAUCCAGACUCAGGAGGACUACAACUUCAUCAGAGAUUUGAUCUUGGAAAAGACAGGAUCAUACACGAGCACCUGGGUAGGAGGCUACAACGCAGUGAAGGUGAGGACUUAGAGAAACAACCAUAAAUCUGCCCAUGUUCCACUGGCCUUGAUGAUCAACUGAAAGUGAACACAUUGUGAGGCUGGGUAAGGUUCCACCUCUGGUCCACCUCUGGAGACCUGAGGUGACCAUGAUAAUAAAGGACCAUAGUGACGUAACAAGGAUUCUUCCCUGUAAGAUGAGAAAGGUGCUGUUCAGCAGAAUUU